UAAUUCAGUUCAACUUCAACAGUGGGGGUCAUCUCCAGGGAGCUAGUGAUUUGAGGUUAGAACCUCCGAAUGGUGGAAGAUUUGAUAAAUUGAUCGAACCGAUAUGUCCAAGUUGGUGAACUUAACCUGCGAGAGAAGAAUGAGAGUUGCCAUAAAAAAUUUGGAAAUAUUGCAGAGGUUGACCAAUAAGAUAGCUUCUACCAAAUUCUCCACAGCUGCGACACCAAAUCGUAGCAACGACAAAAUUUUCCAAAAUGUCGAAGAAGCGUUGAAAGACAUCAAAGAUGGGUCAACACUCCUGGUGGGUGGAUUUGGCUUAUGUGGCAUCCCAGAGAAUCUGAUAAAGGGUUUAUUGAAGCACAAUGCGAAGGGCUUGACAGUGGUAUCAAACAACGCAGGUGUAGAUGAUUUUGGAUUGGGUUUGUUGCUAUCUCAACGUAAAAUCAAGAGGAUGAUAGCUUCAUACGUUGGCGAAAAUGCAGAAUUUGAGAGGCAGUACUUAACAGGGGAGUUAGAGUUAGAGUUGACGCCACAGGGUACUCUUGCAGAACGAAUAAGAGCUGGUGGAGCAGGUAUACCGGCCUUUUUCACUCCAACAGCCUAUGGUACAUUGGUACACGAAGGUGGAGUUCCGAUAAAAUAUAAUAAAGAAGGAAAGGUGGAGUUAUCUAGUAACGCCAGGAAGUCAGAGGUUUUUAAUGGAAAGCCCUACAUUAUGGAAGAGGCUAUUGUUGGCGAUUAUGCUCUCAUAAAGGCCUGGAAGGCAGAUCCACUCGGAAAUUUGAUAUUCAACAAGUCUGCGAGAAACUUCAAUCCUACGAUGGCGAAAGCAGCGAGAACAACCAUCGUGGAAGUCGAGGAAAUUGUGAAUAUAGGCGAUAUAGGUCCUGAUCAGGUCCAUGUGCCAGGAAUAUUUGUGGAUAGGAUAAUCAAGGGUGAUUCUUUCGAGAAAAGAGUAGAGAGAUUAAAAACCACAAAUCAUGAUAGCAGUCAUUCUAAGGUAGAAAAAAGAAAAUCAGAUCUUCUUAGGGAAAGGAUCAUCAAGAGAGCAGCUUUGGAAUUCAAAGAUGGCAUGUAUGCAAAUUUAGGUAUAGGCAUGCCAAUGUUAGCCUCAAACUACAUCCCCAAGAACCUGAGGCUAUUCUUGCAGUCUGAAAAUGGCAUAUUGGGCUUGGGGCCUUUUCCAGUUUUCUCUGAAGUCGACCCCGAUCUCAUAAACGCUGGAAAAGAGACAGUGACUGUAGUACCUGGUGCUUCUUUCUUCAGCAGUGAUGACAGCUUUGCCAUGAUAAGAGGGGGACAUGUAGAUCUCACGAUGUUGGGAGCUAUGGAGGUAUCGAAAUAUGGUGAUUUGGCCAAUUGGAUGAUACCUGGAAAAUUGGUGAAAGGAAUGGGUGGCGCUAUGGACCUAGUAGCAGCUCCAGGCACCAAAGUGGUUGUAUGCAUGGAACACAAUUCCAAAAAAGGAGAUCCCAAAAUUUUGGACACCUGCAGUUUGCCCUUGACAGGAAAGCAAUGCGUCGAUCUCAUAAUCACGGAAAAGGGGGUUUUUACAGUGGACAAACAGAAGGGACUCACCUUGAUAGAAAUAGCAGAGGGACUGAGUGUUGAAGAGCUGAAAGCCUCAACUGGAUGCGAGUUUGAAAUUUCAGAUAGUUUGAGGCCUAUGCAACAAAUCGAUGUGGAUUAGAUCUCCGUAUGUCCUGAUUUAUUUUAAGUACGUAUUCGAAUGUUGAGGUUAGAUUUUAUGUCUUUAUACCUCUAUUCUAUAUUUUAUUUUAUAUUUGUGUCAGUUUUUGUGUUAUGUGCCUCUUUUUUAUUUGAUGUAUCAUUCAUCACUUUAAAAUCGAAAUUUGUAAUAUUUUACCCAUCACAUACCUCACUGAAAUAUAUAUUCGAAACAACUUGUUCUGUGGGUGUGUAUUAUAAAAUAGAUAAAUAAGAAAAUCCUCAUAAUAAAAAUUUAUUAUGACAACAUCGUUGAAAUAUAACAGUACCGUUCCUGUAAAAAUUUUUAUAAUAAACUUUAUAUUUUUA